GAUACCAGCAAACUUGUGCAAGAUAAGAACCGGUUCAAAACUGCUAUAACUCCCUGCCCUGUUUGCAACCUACUGACGCAUCCACCUCCCCGACAUCAGAGCCACGGAAUUUGUCUCGCUCCUGCCUGCACUUUUGCAGAGGGAUGGGUCUGUUCUUGAAGAUUUUCAUCCCCUUGCUGGGACUGGUGCUGGCAUUUUAUUUCUAUUCAGCACCUGAGAAUUUCAAUGAAGAAAUGCUCCGGGGGAAACGGGUGAUCGUGACGGGCGCCAGCAGUGGCAUCGGGGAGCAGAUGGCGUAUCACCUGGCGCGCAUGGAGACCCACCUGCUGCUGACGGCACGGACAGAAGCCAAGCUGCAGAAAGUCGUGGAGCGGUGCCUCGAGCUGGGCGCCGCCUCCGCCCGCUACGUGAGCGGCUCCAUGGAGGACACCACGUUCCCCGAGGUGCUGGUGAAGGAGGCUGAGAACACCUGGGGGGGUCUUGAUAUGCUCAUCCUCAAUCACAUCGGUCACUCCUACUUCACCUACUUCAACGGGGACGUCGGGCAUGUCCGAAAGCUCCUAGAGACCAACUUUCUGAGCUACGUGGCAACGACGGUGUCUGCCCUGCCCAUGCUGAAGGAGAGCGAGGGCAGCAUCGUUGUGGUUUCAUCCAUUGCAGGUAAAGCUAGCUCUCCAUUUAUUGCUCCCUACGCUGCAACUAAGUUUGCUUUAGACGGGUUUUUCAGUUCCCUACGACAUGAAUUCAUCAUAGACAAGGUCAAUGUCUCCAUCACGCUCUGCAUCCUGGGCUACAUCAACACAGAGAGCGCGGUGCGCACCGUGUCCCACGCCAUCCACGACACGCCGGCGCCCAAGGAGGAGUGUGCCCUGGAGAUCAUCAAGAGCGGGGCGCUGCGCCGGCGGGAGCUGCACUACCCGGCCAGGGUGGUGGGCAGCACGCUCCUCCUGCGGGACAUUGCCCCCGAAUUCCUCGACUCCCUCAUCAGGAGCAACUACAAGUUGGAAAACAUCAAAAGAACGUAGCCCGUGGGGCGGUGAGCGUGCCGGGACACCUUGGGCCAGGCGUGAGGGAUUUGGGUGUUAAUCUGGCUACACAGGUGCCCUUUUCCUUACCACCGGAGGCACCCUGUGCUGAUGCACCCUGGCAAUCCAAGACAGGACGCACAAAGCAUGUAACACACAACAUGAAAAUGUCCUUUUUUUUUAAACGAACUCUUGCAACUGGCUCUUUGCAACCAAGAGGCACUUCAGAGAAGCUCCUGCUCAUCCUCCAGAACCUGUUCCCCCACUGAGAGCCACGAAGGCAGCAGCACCGAGUGCGGUGGGAAGGGAGCUGAGCCACAUCCCAGAACGGGCCAAGCAGCACAAACCACCCGCAAGAGGGUCUUUGAACUGGGAAACUUUUUGUCAUGUAUCCCUUCUAGGCUGGUCUUUGUAAAAAUAAAUCCUAUAUUACUUUACAAGA